GGUUGCACGGUAAACCACCGGCGGAGCAUCGACAGCUGAAUUGUAGGUUGGUGAGUGUUAGCCAGAAGGAAAGAAACGAAGCGGUUUGACAGCUGGUACAGAAUGUGGAAUAGGCAACUAGCUGACCAAAACAGCUGAAGAUCGCGGUGCACGACGAGGCUCCAAAAACAGAUCUUCCAAUUCAGAUCAUCAUUUCGAUGCAAAUGAGGGAAUUGCAGCGACGGUAUUGCUUUUAUCAGUAGUAACAGCGCUAGCUCGUUAGCUAGCUAACGUUACCGCUUACUGAUUGUGAAAAUGCUCCGGACUGAGUGAUCAGCGGCGUGUUGGAUCGGCAGGCGUUAGAGCCCCCCGCUCACCCCCCUCUGCGUGCAUUGUCUGUCUGGGGUUCUGAGCGUAAACAUUUGUCUGGGGACACCGCGUCGUGGAAAAUCGCUGAAAUGAAAUGAGGCUCAGACAUGGAACUGUUGCCACAGCUCUCCUGUUCAUUACUUCGUUCCUCAGUCUGUCCUGGUACACUGCCUGGCAAAAUGGGAAAGAGAAGCUGAUAGCGUACCAGCGGGAGUUCAAUGCCUUAAAAGAGCGCCUCCAUGUGGCGGAGCAGAGGACGCUGCAGCGCUCGUCUGAGCUCAACGCCAUCCUGGAGCAGUUCAGACACGCUGUGUCUGAGGCCAACGGGGGCAAGGACACCCUCGCCAACUUCUCAGAUGACACUCAGAAGCUGCUGAAAGAGCUAUCCCAGAAGAAGCCUCUUCAGGUGCCAAAUAUCUACCACCACCUGCCCCACUUGCUCAACAAGGAAGAGAGCCUGCAGCCGGCGGUGCAGGUGGGACAGGGGAGGACAAAAGUGACCAUGGUGAUGGGGAUUCCCACAGUGAAGCGGACAGUCAAGUCCUACCUGCCAGAGACGCUGCGCUCACUCAUCGACAAGCUGUCUGAGGAGGAGAAGAAGGACUGCGUCAUCGUUGUGUACGUCGGAGAGACGGACACCGACUACGUGCACAGUGUCGUCAAUGGCCUGCAGAAAGAGUUCUCCGUAGAGUUCCGAUCGGGCCUGCUGGAGGUUAUCUCUCCACCAGCUAGCUACUAUCCCGACCUCAGCAACCUGAAGGAGACCUUCGGCGACUCCAAGGAGAGGGUCCGGUGGCGAACCAAACAGAAUCUCGACUUCUCAUUCCUGAUGAUGUACGCUGCCAACAAGGGGGUUUACUAUGUCCAGCUGGAAGAUGACAUAGUUGCAAAGCCUAACUACUUUGCCACAAUGAAGAAUUUUGCUCUGCAGCUGGCAACUGAGGACUGGAUGAUCCUGGAGUUCUCCCAGCUGGGGUUCAUUGGGAAGAUGUUCCAGGCUCCGGACCUGAACCUGAUUGUGGAGUUCAUCUUCAUGUUCUACAAGGAGAAGCCCAUUGAUUGGCUGCUGGACCACAUCCUCUGGGUCAAAGUGUGCAACCCUGAGAAGGACGCGAAGCACUGCGAGAGGCAGAAGUCCAGUCUGCGUGUACGGUUCCGGCCCUCCCUCUUCCAGCACGUGGGCCUGCACUCCUCCCUGGCGGGGAAGAUCCAGAAGCUCACGGACAAGGACUUCCUAAAGCCUCUACAACACAAGAUCCAUGUGAAUCCCCCAGCAGAGGUGUCUACAUCGCUGAAAGUGUACCAGGGCCACACGCUGGAGAAAACCUACAUGGGGGAGGACUUCUUCUGGGCCAUCACCCCCACUGCAGGGGACUACAUCCUCUUCAAGUUUGACCGCCCUGUUAGCAUAGAAAGGUACCUGUUCCGCAGUGGAAAUCAGGAACACCCCGGAGACCUGCUGGAGAAUGCGGCUGUGGAGAUCCUGCCGGAAACCCCACCAGAGACCAAAGAUACAUUUAAAAAAACAGAUGACAGCUUCUACAGAAUCGGUCAGUUUGACAAUGGCGUGGCGGAGGCGGCGGUGGACCCCGCCUUUAACCCUGUGGUGGCGCUGCGGCUCACCGUGCUCCGGGACUCCUCUGUAUGGGCCAUCCUGAGCGAGAUCCACAUCAAGAGGGUUUCUGGCUAAAUGGAAACCAUGGGGCCACACCCAGAUGGGUCCCCAUCGGAGAGCCUCACUUUCAGCAGCCAAACGCCCCCAACAAGACAGGCAGCGAUGACAUCACCAUCUGCCUGGACUUUGAAAAGUGCUCCACGAUGCUGCCACUACCUCCUGCGAAUGUGAUGACUACUGUAAUACCUUUUCCGAGAAUGGACAAUCAAAGAAUAUCACUAAGCGACUGGCGUGUUAACCUGGCAGAAGUGCCGCUGUGGAGCACGGUAGAUCGGACACACAUCCUGUCAGAUGCAAAGGGAAGGGGUGCCAUCUGGAGAGGCAUGCCAUGUGCAUGCUCCAACCCUGUCACAGUUCUGCUCUCUGUCACCCCCAUCUGCCCAGCAGGAGAACUGCACCUAUGAGCAUCAGGAGUUGCUUAUUGGAUAUGAAUGUUUCUCUUUCUAAUUUAAU